GCCUUUGAAGUGCCCUCUGUUAAUUUGGAUGGAUCUAAAUGUGCCCCAUUCAAGACCUCUCCACCAACCCCUUCUGAUCUUGCGAUUUGCUCUUCUUGACUUUAAUUAGUAUCUAGGAAAGUCUAAACUUUGGACCUACCUCUUUUUUUGAUACUUAUUUUUGUACUUCUGCUCUCUGGGAUUGGUUUCUUAAACAAUCUGGAUCCUUUUUAAUAUGUCAAAAUGAGUCUGCUGAUGUUUACACAACUACUGCUCUGUGGAUUUUUAUAUGUUCGGGUCGAUGGAUCUCGUCUUCGCCAGGAAGACUUUCCCCCGCGGAUUGUGGAGCAUCCUUCGGAUGUUAUCGUCUCUAAGGGAGAACCCACCACUCUGAACUGUAAGGCAGAGGGCCGGCCGACGCCCACCAUUGAAUGGUACAAGGAUGGUGAGCGGGUGGAGACCGACAAGGACGAUCCCCGGUCCCACAGGAUGCUUCUGCCCAGCGGAUCCUUAUUCUUCUUGCGUAUCGUGCACGGGCGCAGAAGUAAACCUGAUGAAGGAAGCUACGUUUGUGUCGCAAGGAACUAUCUUGGUGAAGCAGUGAGUCGAAAUGCAUCUCUGGAAGUGGCAUGUAAGUGACCAUAAUGAACCUCGUGUGCACGUUUAUUUUUGUUUAUUUUUAAUUAACUUUGAUUUGUUCCCAUAGAUGUUUAAUAUCUAAG